AUGGCACAGGCGGGAGGAAUACCGUCAAAGGUGCCUCUUGAGCGCACUGACGAUGGCAGAUUGAGGUUCCGUGGUUGCUCGCGAAUACAGGAUUACGACUUCCUGGGCAAAUUGGGGGAGGGAACAUUCGGAGAGGUCUCGAAAGCACGGUCAAAGAGAACAGGAGCAGUUGUUGCGUUGAAGAAGAUAUUGAUGCACAACGAGAAGGAUGGAUUUCCCAUCACAGCUUUACGAGAGAUCAAACUCCUCAAACAGCUCGACCAUGUCAACAUACUCAAACUAGAGGAGAUGGCGGUGGAGAGGAGCAAAGACCCGAAGAAGAAGCCGAGCAUGUUUAUGGUGACACCCUACAUGGACCACGACCUGUCAGGACUUCUCGAGAAUCCUUCAGUGCACUUUACAGAGCCACAGAUCAAAUGCUACAUGAUACAGCUUUUGGAAGGAUGCAAAUACCUCCACGAGAACAAGAUCCUUCACCGAGAUAUGAAAGCAGCCAAUCUGCUGAUCAAUAACAACGGCAUACUUCAAAUUGCUGACUUUGGAUUGGCUCGACCGUAUGACGAUGAGCCACCUAAGGAAGGGCAUGGUGGAGGCGAAGCCACCCGAGACUAUACAUGUCUUGUUGUCACUCGUUGGUACCGUCCACCAGAACUUCUGCUCCAACUCCGUCGUUACACUACCGCCAUUGACAUGUGGGGCGUCGGUUGCGUGUUCGGGGAGAUGUUUAAAGGACGGCCAAUACUUGCCGGCAACAGUGAUCUCAACCAGGCGCAGCAAAUCUUUGAGCUAGUCGGCUCACCUAACGAUGACAAUAUGCCUGGUUGGUCAGAGCUGCCUGGAUGUGAGGGAGUCAAGGAGUUCGAGUUCAGACGAGGCAAUCUUCCGACUGUUUUCCGUGAACAAGGAUCUCUAGCAAUCUCAUUGCUCAGCGAGCUGCUCAAGCUAGAUUGGAGAAAAAGAGUGAACGCUAUUGAUGCAUUGAAGCAUCCUUAUUUCCACUCACCACCGUUCCCUGCCCGACCCGGUGAUCUUCCGCAAUUUGAAGACUCCCACGAGCUCGACCGGCGAAAGUUCCGAGGCCAGAAGCAGGCUUUACCACCGGCGCCGGCUGGUGGUUCUGUCGGUAUGGGUCCUAAUGGUCAGUGGGCCGAAAAUGGCAGACCUCCGCCUAACAUUCAAAGAGGUCGUGGGCACCAGCCUUACCAAAAUGGGCAAGGACAUCAUCAUCGACCUCCUCCACCCUACUCUCGUCCGUACCAGCCAGGCCCUGAUAUUGAUACUUAUAGGCGGCCAACUUUGCAUCCAGACCCAAGUCUGCCACUGCCUCCGAAGCCACCUCCUGCUCUAGAUCAGAGUGGUGCUUUCCGAAACAACAAUCGUGUGCUGGUUGAUCCACAAUACAAUGGUGGGUAUCGAAACGACACCAGAGGCCCCGGCAUCAUGGAUCAAAGACGGGAUCGAAGCGGAGGCGGAGCAGCAUAUGGUGGCGAUAGAAGACGAGUACCUGAAGUUGCCAAAGUUGACACAUACAUUCCCAACUACUCGAACGUACCCGAGCGUGCAGCUCCACGCAGAGAUGAGCCGCCGCCUUCGAGAGACGGAUAUCCGCCGCGGGAAUCUCUGCCCUUUGCGAGAGACAGCAUCCCACCUUCGCGUGAAGCAUAUAUUCCAUCACGAGAGCACCACCUUCUACCACCAAGAGACCCGACGUAUCCUCUACGGGACGAUCUCCCUCCGCCGCGACGAGAAGACGACCACAGACGAGAUGGCCUGCCCUACGAGCGAGGCAGGUAUGAGGACGGGAGAAAAGAUGCUGGAGGCUAUGAUCGCCGAAGAAGCAGAAGCCCUAGGGGUAGAGACUGGGAUCGACCGCCGAUGCGAGAGAGGGAUUCGGGUGAUAGAUAUCGUAGAUGA